AUGUCUUUUUCUUCUUUCCCCCUUCAGAUCACAACGGUUGUCUUGGGAGAGCAGGCUCUGACGGGAGUGAGAAUGCUCAGGAUGCCCAACUGCCUGCUAAAACUGACCAGGGUGGUGCUGAGCCACAAGCUCAGAGCUCUGUUUAUCCUCGCCUUUAAGUUCAUGUUCUUUGUCUCCAUCACGUUGUACUGGAGAAUUGCGGAGGACCCUAAGAGCAGAGGCCAGGUCUACAGCUUGCCUGUUGAAAUCCGCUGUGCUCACUCUGUGCCUUCUCCUCCCCGCGCCGUUGGUGGUGGGCCCCCUCCUUCCCCAGGGGAUGUGUUUUUUGUGGAGACCUCGGAGCGAACUAACCCAAGUUACCUGUUCAUGUGCUCUGUGGAGUCAACGGCCAGGACGCACCCUGGGACAAGGGUUGUGGUGCUCAUGAAAGGCUUGGCAAACGGGAGUGCCUCGUUACCCAGCCACUGGGGCUUCUCGUUGCUGAGCUGCUUUCCCAACGUGGAAUUCCGGCCCCUGGACUUGCCAGAGCUUUUCUCUGGAACACCUCUGGCAAAGUGGUACUUGCAGGCUCAGCAGCGCUGGGAGCCUUAUUUCUUACCCGUCCUGUCUGACGCCUGCAGAAUUGCCAUCAUGUGGAAAUUUGGUGGCAUCUACCUGGACACAGACUUCAUUGUGCUUAAGAACUUAAAGAACCUCACCAAUGUGCUUGGUACCCAGUCCAAGUAUGUACUGAAUGGGGCUUUUCUGUCCUUUAAGCCCAAGCACGAGUUCAUGGAGCUUUGCAUGCAGGACUUUGUGGAGAACUACAACAGCUGGAUCUGGGGGCACCAGGGCCCACAGCUCCUAACGCGUGUCUUCAAGAAGUGGUGCUCCAUCAGGAGUCUUCAGAGCAGUACAAGCUGCAAAGGAGUGAGUACUCUGCCACGUGAGGCUUUUUAUCCCAUUCGGUGGCAAGACUGGAAGAAAUACUUUGAAGCGGUCAACUCCUCGGAGCUUCACCACCUCUUUAAUAACACCUACGCGGUGCACGUAUGGAACAAGAAGAGCCAAGGGACAAGGCUAGAGAUCACGUCCCAGGCUUUGCUGGCUCAGCUGUAUUCUCACUUCUGCCCUGCAACGUACGGUGUCAUGAAGGACUCUGAAAGGCAGUGACUCAAGGGUCAGCCAAGAGAAGUUGCCUGGGAGCCCACAACUUUCCAGCUGUUCCAUCAUGAACGAACCUUCUUUUGCAGUGAGGUGGUGAGAGUUGAGGAUAAAAGCCAUUUGUGGGGUGUAGGUGGAGCCUGUAGCUUCAGCCGAUGUCUGUGCAGCUCUUUGUCUUGACUUUAACUGCCUACCAGCAAUAUUUUGUUUCUCUGCAGGACCUUUCUUCUGCUCUGCUUGGUCAGGCAGAGAAAUCUCAGGAGGGGAGCAAGUGCUGGGCCACUUGUGGCAGCCUCCAUCAGCCUUUCAGAGGAGUAAGAAUGGCUGUAAACCUGGAAGAGGUCUUUGUAGAAAUGGGUAUCUCAUCGCCUGAUUCUCAGGACUUCUGAAGUGCAGUCCUCAAAGCAACGAAAGGAUGGGAGAGCAAAGAACAGGAACUGAGGAGGAAGUUAAGGAUGUGCUAGAGGAGGUGUCCUGACAAAAAUGUAGAAGAAAACAGAGAAGAAAGGGCUACAGCAAUGUCUUUUUCUUUUCAUUGCCUUCUCUUCUGAAGCCUUUAGUGGAGGAGACUUUCUCAUGUCUGGUUUGAGCAGGGAGCAGGAUGCUGCAGUCUCUGUUCGAUGUCAUAGAUCUAAAGACAUGGUAAUUUGGUGCAAAUUAGAACAUGAGGAUCUGAGACCAGCUCAUCAUUUACAAGGAGCUCUUGCGCAGCAAUGAUUUAUUUUAUAGUAGUGGCAAAUUGACACCCUGGGAUGAGCAGGAGAGCUCAUCCAAAUCACACCUUAAAUUGCACCUGACACAGGAAGAGCUGAACUAUCUUUUACACUGAGUUUGUCUCUGUGACCAAAUGUCCAUAACUGUGUCUAAGAUGCACCAGAACUUUCAGCAGUUGGAUGGAUCCUAACGGAAAGGCAUGAUAUUUCCAAGUAUUUCCAAGGUUACAGAGAGCUUGGUAGGGAACCUGUACUGUCUAAAUUCUAGUCCAUUUAUGAAUCAUUUAUGGUGGACCUCUUCAAGUAGUCUGGAGUACUCCUGCAAUUCACUGUCCAGGAGUACAAAUCUCUCCUGGGAGGUCUUGAGGAGGGCAGUGGAAAGCUUUACUCUUCUCCCUGAGCAUCUUCCUGAAUUGCAGUGGAGAAAGUUAAUGUAUCUCUUGCAAGGUGCUGUUGUGCCUUUGACGGUUCCCACCACAGAGGCAAGUUUGUUGGACAAACUGUGGGAGAAAACUUGCUCCUUGCCUUGAUGGCCAAAAGGACGUAUUGAUGCUCUUACAGUUCUUGUAGGAAAAUAAUGGAGAAAGAGCAGCGACAAACAAGAAUAAGGUCAAGACCAUCAGCAUUGUUACAUUGGGUCCCCACCACACUCUAAAGGGGAUCACUGAGGCAGAUAAGCUUGGCACUACGAUAGGGUUAAUGCAGAUGAGCAGAGCAUUGGCCAUCCCCUCUCCUACACUACUAAAAGAUUAUCAUCUCACUGUAAAAUCUUUUCUGCCUCCAGUGUGCCUCGUCUUCUUAUGGCUAGGAACAGCAGUGGGGUGGUCCAAUGGCCCCUUCGAUGACCGUGAGUCGGUCAGAUCUUCAAUGUCACCUGGCCCCAAAGUGACAGCUCUUUCACAUGGUGCUUCCUGCGAGUCCUCUGAGUGUGACUUAAAUGAUUUCUAGAUCUGCAGUUGUAUGAGGCCUCUUCUGUUUCCCCAGUCAACCAUAAGCAAUGUGAGGUUUGCCCAGUUCAGCCAGGGCAAUAGUCAAAAACGUCAAAAACUGUGCAUGCAACUUUUCUGUGUUUGUCUCAGGUUUAUUUGUCUCUGAUGAUAAAAAUGAGAAAGACAAAUUGCCCACCACUUUUACCAAACAGUUCCCUGUCCCUCAGGGAACAUGGCUGUGGGAGCUUAAGGAGGGUGUGUACCUUUUGUGGUUUUUUUUGUUUUUGUUUUUUUUAAUGCUGAGCUGUCCGGUGUUGAUCGGAGACCAGUGCUGCUUUGACUGAAAGCUACCUGCCUGUGAGUUGGGCUGGGUGUAAAGUCUGUGCACAAGUGGAGUGAAGAAGGUGCUGGAAACACCCCUCCAGUGGCUGGCACCACAUGCGUGUAUGUAUGUAGUGCUCUGCCUUUGUUCUGCCCAGCUUUAUGGUAUAUCCUGGAGGCAUUCACGACUUUGAAUGUCUGCAGCUCUCCCAACACUAAACAUCUUUAAGAACUAAGACUUUGUGGGGAAACAGCAGAUCUUCCUGACUGUGUAAGCAUUCUUCAACACACUAAGUGGUAUAAAUGGAUGCUGUUUUCACUCCCUACUCUGUCACUACUCUGUGGGUUGUUUUCACUGCUUUCUUUAGAAGCAGCUGCAAAAUUGUCAGCCCUGGCCUAGUGUGUGGUCAGUGAGGCAUGGUUUCUGCUUCUACUGGUUCCUUCUGUUUUGGGCCCUUUGGGCUAAACAACAAAAUUCUUAGUGAGCUGGGAAGCCCUACCAGAGAUGGUAAAAUGGUGGUUGGUGAUCAUAAAGGCGUAACAAGGGACUCCACUGUGGCAAUACCAUGAACUGAUUAUGGGAGUGUUUGGGACCCGCUGCAGUGAGUAUCUGGCUUGAUGUACCACUGCUUAUUCUAGCAAAGUGCCUUUUUGGAUAAGCGGAGUGUUUUUUUUGUUGUUGUUUUUCUUUGGUUUUUUUUCCCCUGUAGAGUCAAUGUUCCGAGGUUUGAUAAGGAGCGAAUCAAAUCAAAGCAGCCUUUGGCCUUUUUCCCUUUGUCUUGUGAAAGAAAAAUAAAUACAGUUUUUACUAUUACUUCUCUCUGCCAAGAUGUUCCAUUUUGUUCUGCAAGGCGUUGGUGGUAGGUCUGAGCAAUCUGUUAGUUAUUAUGUGGAAAAGCAUUUUAAAGUUGUGUCCUGAAGUGACUCACUAAAAUUAGGAGUGUGGAAUGAACAUGAGACAAGUUGAGCAUAAGCACAUGUGGAAAGAAGGCUCUGCGGACCAUGACUACAUGCCAUCUUUGGGACUUGAGCAGAGGGAACAGAGGAAAGCACAGUGUGUGGUACUGAUUCCUCAAUCCAACCAGAAGGAACAGGAAGCCUGCUAGAGAGGCGGAAGGUCAGUAGGAGAUGAGAGAUUGAAAGGGAGUUCAGAGAUCAGUUUGAAGCAAAGCAGAAUAAAUUUCUGCAUCUGGCUACAGAAAAAGGAAGCGCCAGACCAUAGAGUUACAGGUGCUCUCAGAGACACUAACCUCUUGAAAAUCUUGUCCAGCUGAGCAGUGACUUCUGUGGUGUCUUGAAAGCAGGGACAGAUCACAACAAUUGUCUUGGGAGAGCAGGCUCUGACGGGAGCAAGACUGCCCAGGAUGUCCAAC